AUGUUUAAUUUUACUGUGCAGGUGGAGCAUUUAACAGAAGAAGACAUAGCAGAGCUGAAGGAGGCGUUUUCUUUGUUUGACAAAGAUGGGGACGGCACGAUGAACUCGGCCGAGUUAGGGAUAGCCAUGCGGACAUUGGGCCACAAUCCGACAGAGAACGAGUUGUCCGAGCUCAUCAACCUGAUUGAUAUAGACGGAAACGGAACGAUAGAGUUUGAAGAGUUCGUUAAGAUGAUGGCGGAUCGGAUGGAGUCAGACUGGAUAGAGGAAGUGAAAACAGCUUUCAAAGUGUUCGACAAAGAUGGUGAUGGUUAUAUAAGCGCUUUGGAGCUGAGGUUUGCCGUGACAAAUUUCGGGGAAAAGAUGACUGACGAGGAAGUAGACGAGAUGAUGGCUGAAGCCGAUAUCGAUGGAGACGGCAAAAUAGAUUUUGAAGAGUUUAUGAAAGUCAUCUCAGCCGAUCAAUUGACGGAAGAGCAAAUUGCCGAAUUCAAGGAGGCUUUCUCCCUGUUUGACAAGGACGGUGAUGGAACCAUCACAACCAAAGAGCUGGGCACUGUGAUGAGAUCAUUAGGACAGAACCCAACGGAAGCUGAGUUACAGGAUAUGAUCAAUGAAGUAGAUGCCGACGGCAAUGGCACAAUCGAUUUCCCAGAGUUCCUCACGAUGAUGGCAAGAAAAAUGAAAGAGACGGACAGCGAAGAAGAAAUCCGAGAAGCAUUCCGAGUGUUUGAUAAGGAUGGGAAUGGAUUUAUCAGUGCAGCAGAGUUGCGGCAUGUUAUGACAAAUUUGGGUGAAAAAUUAACAGAUGAAGAAGUUGAUGAGAUGAUUCGGGAAGCUGAUAUAGAUGGGGAUGGACAAGUGAAUUAUGAAGAAUUUGUGAAAAUGAUGACGUCGAACAAAAAAUACUUUGUUUUCUUAAAUUUGUUGCAGGCUGAUCACCUCACAGAAGAACAAAUUGCAGAAUUCAAGGAGGCUUUCUCCCUGUUUGACAAAGACGGUGAUGGAACGAUCACAACAAAAGAGCUGGGCACUGUGAUGAGAUCAUUAGGACAGAACCCAACGGAAGCGGAGUUACAGGAUAUGAUAAAUGAAGUAGAUGCAGAUGGAAACGGAACCAUUGAUUUCCCAGAAUUCCUCACCAUGAUGGCGAGAAAGAUGAAAGACACGGACAGCGAGGAAGAAAUUCAGGAAGCCUUCAAAGUGUUUGAUAAAGAUGGGAAUGGAUUUAUCAGUGCAGCAGAGUUACGGCAUGUUAUGACAAAUUUGGGUGAAAAAUUAACAGAUGAAGAAGUCGAUGAAAUGAUCCGAGAGGCUGAUAUAGACGGGGAUGGCCAAAUUAAUUAUGAAGGUAGCUGUUUUUACUCCGUUUUGCGUUGGAAAUGUAGCAAGACUAUCAUCGAAUUACUAAAAUGGUUUCUAAUUCAUCAAGAUGAUGACGUCCAUGUGAGGCACAAUAUCAGCCGCCAGGGUAUCGGGAAACCACUGACGGGCCUGGAGUUCCGAGACAACUCCCAUGGUGCAAUGUCUUCAACCUAA